AUGGAGAACGUCAAGGAGUUUGCCGACAUGCCCGCCGAGUUCCUCAAGGAGGGCACGCUGUUCAUCAACCGCUGCACGAAGCCCGACAAGAAGGAGUUCAUCCGCAUCUCGCAGGCCGUCGGCAUCGGCUUCCUGAUCAUGGGCGUCAUCGGCUACAUCGUCAAGCUGGUGCACAUCCCCGUCAACAACAUCCUGGUCGGCGGCUCGUAG